CAUGGUCGCUGCAGCAGUUGUUGCUUAUGUAGAUGUCAGCCUCCUCACAUCUGAGUCUGAAUCAAAAGCUAUUUAAAAAACGUCCACGUCAGCUCGCUGAGGGAUACACGUUUUGGAUGAACGCAGAGGAACAGCAUGCGGGGCGCAAAUCAGCACCGACCGAUGAUAUAAACAUGUGACCGCUGUGCUGUCGCUCACUUUCAGCUACUACACCUGCCGGGAUUCACACACAGCGGAGGUCUCUCCUCGUAUCUUUAUGUGACGGUGAGGAGCUGCUGCCGGGAGAGGAGGAUGGACACCACGGACCAAAGUGCUCAGAUAAAGCCGCUGCUGCUGCCAACGGUAACGAGUCCUGCUCUCCAGGGACAAAGAUUUAUUCAAGUCAACUCCCCCUUUGGCUCAUCUUCUGGGCGUGGAAGUUUGAGGAAUGAUGAUGAGGCAGUGGUGGACAGAGGAGGAACGCGAUCCCAACAGGGAACCAACCUGGAGCAGGAAGAUGUAGAAGGCCACCGGACUCUCUACAUAGGGGUCCACGUCCCUCUGGGCAGUACCAGGCACCGCAGCCAUCGCAGGCAUCGUCACCAUGGAAACAAACUCAAGAAGAGGAGCAGGGACCGGGCCCUCACCUUAGUGGAGGGCAGAGAGUCUCCUGUUUAUGACACUCCUUCCCAGAGAGUGCAGUUCCUUCUGGGCACUGAGGAUGACGACGAGGAGCACAUUCCUCACGACCUCUUCACAGAGAUGGACGAGAUCUGUGCGAGGGAUGGAGAGGACUCCGAGUGGAGGGAAAGUGCCCGGUGGCUGAAGUUUGAGGAGGAUGUGGAGGACGGGGGAGAGCGAUGGAGUAAACCCUACGUAGCCACUCUGUCUCUACACAGCCUGUUUGAGCUGCGAAGCUGCAUCAUCAACAGCACCGUGCUGCUCGACAUGAGGGCUAAUUGCAUUGAAGAGAUCGCAGACAUGGUUUUGGACCAGCAGGAGUUGUACUCACCGCUGGGAGAGGAGCUCAGAAAGAAAGUGCGUGAAACACUGCUGAAGCGGCACCAUCACCAGAACCAGAAGAAGCUGGCCAAUCGCCUACCGAUUGUACGCUCCUUUGCUGACAUGGGUCGACGGUCAUCCGACCUCCACCUCGACAAGAACGGUCAGCUGACAUCCUCCCAGUCUCACUUAGAUGGGAAAGGGGACAUCAGUAGAGAGAACAGCUCUGUUGACUUCAGCAAGAUAGACCUUCACUUCAUGAAGAAGAUCCCACCAGGGGCCGAGGCGUGUAACGUGUUAGUGGGAGAGCUGGAGUUUCUUACCAAGCCGGUGGUGGCUUUUGUCCGUCUUUCACCUGCCGUCUUGCUCAGUGGGGUGGCUGAAGUCCCCAUCACCACAAGGUUUCUGUUCAUUCUCUUAGGGCCAUUGGGUAGAGGGCUUCAGUAUCAUGAGAUUGGAAGAUCCAUUGCAACCCUUAUGACUGAUGAGGUUUUCCAUGAUGUCGCCUAUAAAGCUAAAGACCGUAAUGAUCUAAUCGCUGGGAUUGACGAAUUCCUCGACCAAGUGACAGUCCUGCCUCCAGGAGAGUGGGAUCCAUCCAUACGGAUAGAGCCCCCGAAAAAUGUACCUUCUCAGGAGAAGAGGAAGAAAAGUAACAUCUUACCAAACGGAAUGGUAGAGGGUGAAGAGGAAGAUGAGGACAGUGGCCAUGGGGGUCCAGAGCUGCAGCGUACUGGAAGGUGGUUUGGUGGCCUUUUUCUGGAUAUCAAGCGCAAGACACCCCACUACCUGUCUGACUACACUGAUGCUUUUAGUUUACAGUGUGUGGCCUCUUUCCUGUUCCUCUACUGUGCCUGCAUGUCCCCUGUCAUCACCUUUGGAGGACUACUGGGCGAGGCAACAGAAGGACGCAUAAGUGCAAUUGAGUCACUGUUUGGAGCCUCGCUGACUGGAAUCGCCUACUCUCUGUUUGCCGGGCAGCCCCUCACCAUUCUGGGCAGCACAGGGCCGGUGCUCGUGUUUGAAAAGAUAUUGUUCAAAUUCUGCAAGGAGUAUGGCUUGUCCUAUUUGUCCCUGAGAAGCUGCAUUGGUCUGUGGACAGCUUUCCUCUGUAUCCUACUGGUGGCUACGGACGCAAGUUCCCUUGUUUGCUACAUCACGCGUUUCACAGAGGAAGCGUUCGCCUCACUAAUCUGCAUCAUUUUCAUCUACGAGGCCUUGGAGAAACUCAUGCACCUGGGCGAGCACUAUCCCUUCAACAAGAACAACAACCUGGACAAGCUCACCACCUACUCAUGUUCAUGUGUUGAGCCCUCUGAUCCUGGCAAUGGUACCCUGAAGUAUUGGGAAAUCAAUAACGUCACUGCGUCAGAAAUCUACUGGGAAGCCCUGGAGGUCAAGGAUUGUAUUGAAAAGCGAGGGGAGUUUGUGGGCAGUGCCUGCGGCCCUCAUGGACCCUACGUUCCUGAUGUCCUUUUCUGGUGUGUCAUUCUUUUCUUUUCCACCGUCUUCAUGUCCGCCUUCCUCAAGGAGUUUAAAUUCAGCAACUACUUCCCCACAAAGGUGAGGUCCAUCAUUAGCGACUUUGCUGUUUUCUUCACCAUCCUCACCAUGGUCUUAGUCGACUAUGCCUUAGGAAUUCCUUCUCCAAAACUCCAGGUUCCCAGUGUGUUUAAACCAACCAGAGAUGAUCGAGGUUGGUUCAUUAACCCACUGGGGCCUAACCCCUGGUGGACUGCAGUCAUUACGGUGUUCCCUGCUCUGCUUUGCACCAUCCUCAUCUUCAUGGACCAGCAGAUCACAGCGGUCAUCAUCAACAGGAAGGAGCACAAACUGAAGAAAGGCUGUGGGUACCACCUGGAUCUGUUCAUGGUGGGGGUGAUGCUGGGUGUGUGUUCCUUGAUGGGCUUGCCCUGGUUCGUAGCGGCCACUGUCCUCUCCAUCUCACACGUCAACAGUCUGAAGCUGGAAUCCGAGUGCUCGGCUCCCGGGGAGCAGCCAAAGUUCCUCGGCAUCAGGGAGCAACGCUUCACCGGCCUCAUGAUCUUCAUGCUGAUGGGCUGCUCUGUCUUCAUGACAUCCAUGCUUAAGUUUAUUCCUAUGCCUGUGUUGUAUGGAGUAUUCCUUUACAUGGGAGCAUCUUCUCUCAGAGGCAUUCAGUUCUUUGACCGUCUGACGCUGUUUGGGAUGCCUGGUAAGCACCAGCCAGACUUUGUCUACCUGCGACACGUUCCCCUGAGGAAGGUGCACCUCUUCACCAUCAUCCAGCUCACCUGCUUGAUCCUGCUCUGGGUCAUCAAGACCUCAAAGGCGGCCAUUGUGUUCCCAAUGAUGGUGUUGGCUCUGGUGUUUAUCAGGAAGCUGAUGGACUGUUUCUUCACCAAGAGAGAGUUAAGCUGGCUGGACGACCUCAUGCCAGAGAGCAAGAAGAAGAAGCUUGAGGAUGCCGAUGAGGAAGAGGAGCAGAGUAUACUGGCGGAGGAUGAAGCAGUAGUGCAAGUGCCAUUAGAAGGGUACAAAGGAAUACCCGUCAUCAAUAUAACUGAUGAAAUGUCAAAAGGUUCUUUUGGAAAUACGUGGAAUGAAAACAGCUAGGACAUUUUGAGUCCCAAAAAAUUACGUUUGCCACCAAGUUCCCAGUAUUUCACAACACUGGUGUUGAAGAUGAGAAAUGUGGGAUGAAGAGGACUGAGUGUUGUGCGUCUUUGUCACUGUCCCUUCUGUGUGGUCAUAAAUCGAUCUCAUCCUCCCCCUUCAGUCAUGUAAAGCUUCUCUGGCUUUUCUAAUAACUAGUAUGUUAUCUAAUGUGUCACAAAUAUUCUCUUGUCUCUUCAUGAACCAGUGAACCCACUUUUUUCUCUUGUGUUGUUAAUGUCGAUUUGUACUUCAUAAUAUCUAAACUUUAUAUAUUCAAUGACUGUAAACUACAAUAAUGUAAGGUCGUACUUACUGAGAGAUUGUUUUCAAGGUUUUUGUUUAGGGUCUAUUUGUAUUUAUUAUACUUUUUAUUCUGAAAUACCUGAAAAUCACAUCCCUGGAUUCAUGUCUAUGUAUUCACUGAUUCCUUAUAGCUCUCGAUUGUGUAACUUAUUUAUAGACUAGAUUAAUGUGAAAUGUUUUAUGAACAUCUGGUUAAGAUUAAGAAAGCCUUC